AUGAUAUUCUUCAAUGAGUAUCACUACGAGCCCCUAAGCGCGGAAGACGAAAUUCGGCUUAUUGAGCUAAACCCAGCGAAGCGUGAGGAAGCCCCUCUGAAAUGUUCGAUUGUCCAACACCGACGUUCAGUACGAAAAAAUGAUUACUUUGCUAUCUCAUAUGUGUGGGGAAACCCGGAAUUCUCGCGGAACCUGGAAAUAUCAUGCGAUGGUGAUGUUUCGUACCUGAGGAUCACUCCUAAUGUUGACGUUUUAUUGAGACGUCUUCGAAAACUCGAAGUCUUGCGUUACUUGUGGAUCGAUGCCAUAUGUCUCAACCAGGCCGAUGAGAUUGAAAAAGCGCACCAAAUCCCGCUCAUGGGACGCAUAUUCGGAGAGGCGAAGGAUGUUCAUAUCUGGGUAGGCCCUCAGGACUUCUUAACCGCAAAAUUAUUUACCUUUCUUCGGCAAGUUAGCCUUCUCCCCGAAGUUAAGCAAGCCAAAAUGGCACAGUGCAUUGUGGAUGUUAUGUUGAACAUUUUCGGCAAUACUGGAACUGGAUUACAGAGUUUUGAUGAUUUCUCUAACCGGGUUUGGUUCUCACGACGAUGGAUUAUACAAGAAGCUCGUCUUGCCCGAAAAGCUACUGUUCAUUGUGGGAAUUGCUCCAUCCCUCUGCCAGUACUUGCCUUAGCAGCAAAACGGUUUCAAGCUCUAGACAUGUCCUCCUAUCCAAUGAAAAUGAUGGCGAAUUUAAAUACUCCAGCAAGAAAGCCCACGAUACUAGAGCUCUUAUGGACCUUCCAAGAAGCUUGUUGCCUUGAACCCAAAGAUCGUGUAGCUGCCCUAUACGGCCUCGCACAGAAUGCUUACGGUUUUCAUCUCGAUUACACUGCCCAUUGGACUGAGAUGUAUAAACAAAUUGCUUUUAGUGUCUUGAGAAAUGGCAGCAACGACAUAAAACUUCAACUCAUGCUUCACUUGUUUGAAUUCGGGGCAGUCCGCGCACCUUCUAAUGUCGACUAUCCCUCUUGGAUUCCCGACUGGUCAAAUACCCGACAACGAGGUCUCCCCUAUCAUUCUUCCAUAAAGAAUAUUGAUACCUACGAACCGUAUCCCACUUCACCCGGAUAUCCAACGAAAGCCACCUUGAAACUCCACCACGGUUCUCUUCAGGUCCAUUGGAAUGCUUUGAUUGGUGGAUCGCGUGGUUGGCGUGUCGUCUACGCGACGAAUUCCGAUUCCCCUAUACGAACCGAAGAACAGAGGACGGAAAAAGUCAAAAGCCUUCUACUAGAGCUCUUCCCAUCUAUCUUUGCUCCAAUUUUCCCAAUCAUGGCAGUGGCUGCAUUAUUUCAUCUAGUCGAACAAUUCUACUACCCGAACCAAAAUCUAAGAUUGAAGAGUUCUCCUUAUGACGAAUUUAUCGUCAAAAUGAUCCAACAGCUACCCAAAAUGUUCCACACAAGACUACUCGACACUUUGAGGCAAACAAGCCGCUUGCUAGGGGACUUCUGUAUAUUCAAAAUGAAGCCUAUCGGAUCCGAGCAUCAACAUAGCGUAGGCUAUGGUAUCAGCUCGCAACAGUUACAGCCCGGCGACACCAUGAUACCACUUUGGAAUAUGAACUGGGAUAAGGAGAGGGGCAUGUCUCACAUGAAGGAGUAUAUGUACUUGCGCACUAAAACAAUGCUUGUAGUAAGGCGUACUCAAGGACAAACACUAAGCGGAAAAAACCCGGCUGAGACAGGUCGAAUUGUAGGUUGGGCUGUGUGUGUCCUAUUGAAAGGUGAAUCGAUUUACGAAUUUGAUUUAUCUGACAGUACGAUGUGGGAUGAUGAUUUGAACGGUGAGCAGCAAUGUUCAAUGCUGUUGGCUUAA